CCUUCGUGUUCGGCCCGGCUAGGAAACGAGAAAAUUGGGGCCAUCGGCCAUCGCGUCCACGUCUCAGGGAAACAGCAAUGGCAAUGGGCGGCACGGCGGUGCGGUGGCCGCGGGUGCUCACUCCGGCGCACCUCGCCGGGGCCAUACGCCAGCAGAAGAACCCCCUCGAGGCCGUCCACCUGUACUCGGACGCGCCCCGCCGCUACCCGCCCUCCUCCUACCGCCACAACGACGCCGUCCACUCCUCCCUCCUCGCCGCCGCCGCGGCCUCCCCGAUCCUCCCCACCCUACUCCGCCGCAUCCUCCCGUCCUCUCCCUCCGCGGACUCCCUCCUCGCCGCUUCCAUACCGAAUCUCUCUCCGGUUACCGCCGUCUCCAUCUUCCGCUCCUCACUCCCCUCCUCUCCCUCCCCGUCUUGGUGCCUCUCCUUCUCCGCGCUCCUCCGCCGUCUCCUCUCCCAGAGUCUCGUCCCGGAGGCUGCCCGCCUAUUCGCCGACUUCGCCUGUCGCCCGGAAGUCUCUGUAGCAUCCGGAGACCUUACUAUGCUCAUCUCCUGCCUCUGCCGCGCCCAACGGCCCGACCUUGCGCUGCAGGUGCUCGACGAAAUGCCGAACAUAUGCCUCACACCGGAGAGAGAUGCGUACCGCGCCAUCGUGCCUGCUCUCUGUGACGCUGGCAUGCUCGAAGAGGCCACGCAUGUUGUCUAUUCCAUGCUGUGGCGUGUGUCGCAGCGGGGCUGCGACGCGGAUGUUGUGGUGUACCGGGCAUUGCUGAUCGCACUCUGUGCAGCUGGCCAGGGUGAACAGGCUGAGAUGGUGCUGGAUAAGGUGCUCAGGAAGGGGCUGAGGACACUAGGUAGUCGUCGGUCUCUUCGUGUGCCAAUGCUUGCUGGGCUUAGCAUCGAGGACGCCAGGGAGGUCAUUGACCAGGCGUUGGCUGUGCGAGUUGGUCGGACUGUCGUGAGUUUUGAGUCCAUGGUUCUUGACCUUUAUGAUGAGGGUUGGCAUGAUCGGGUGGACAAACUGUUUGAGGACAUGGCCAAGAAGGGGUUCAAGCCAACAUUGUGCAUGUAUGAGGCGAAAAUCGCUGCUUUAUGCAGGGAUGGGUGCGUGGAUGAUGCUGUGAAGGUUUUGGAGGAGGAGUUGCCCAAGAAUGAUCUUGUUCCGACAGUGACAACAUACAACUUGUUAAUGAAGGGUCUUUGUGACAAUAUGCAAUCAACGAGGGCACUAGGAUACCUCAAGAGAAUGGAUAAGCAGCUUGGUUGUGUUGCUCAGAAGGACACUUUCUCUAUCUUGAUCAAUAGUCUGUGCUCAGAAAGCAAGUUUGUUGAGGCAUCAGGGAUAAUGGAGAGGAUGGUGAAGGGCCAUCAUCGGCCUGACAGAAGUGCAUUCAACAAUGUUAUCGAAGGUUUAUGUUCAGCUGGCAGAACAUAUGAUGCAUUGCUAUGGUUAGAGGAGAUGAUCGAUCAUGGAGAAACACCGGACAUCCAUGCUUGGUCUUCCUUGGUCUCGACGGUAUGCUUGUCCUAGUCUGAUGCUUUAGGAAGAUCUUCAGCGCUUACUUGACAAAGUGACGGCUAAGUUACCAGGCGGGAAAGCACCGUUGCUCACUUUGGCUGGUCGUAAGCUAUGCUCUCGGCAAUUCCCAUUUACCAGCUGGCAGCUGUGGACUUACUGAAAUGGCUCAUCAAGGCAAUUGACAAAAGGAGAAGAGCUUUUCUUUGGAAGGGGCGAGAGGAAGUCUCGGUGGUCAUUAUUCCUGGGCCAAAGUGUGCAGACCACUGAAUUUCAGUGGCCUUGGUAUUCUGGAUUUCUUGAUUUCCAAAAAUUCGUCUAUGCCCUAAGAGCUGAAUGGUUAUGGUUAUGAAGAAUGGACAGUAACCGACCAUGGUUUGGACUGAGUAUGGAGGUAGAUGGCACUACACAAGCUCUUUUUCAGACAUCAGUGCAAUUGGUUGGGGGGGGGGGGGCGAUGGGCAAACUUUCUUAUUCUGGGAAGAUAAUUGGGUCUCGGCCAAUCCAUCAGCAUGUUGGCACCAGCGUUGUUUGAUUUGAUUCAUAAGUGCAUUAGAAAUACAAGAACACUACCCCAAGCAGUUGACAAUCAAACCUGGUAUGAGACAUGAAGGGUGCUUUCUCAAUUCAGUGAUGGGUCCUUUUCCAUCAGGUCAGCAUACAAAGCUAUGCUUCUCGGCAGCACUGAACUCACUUGUCACAAGCUCAUCUGGAAAUCAGCGGCUCCCCCGAAAUGUAACUUUUUCAUUUGACUGGCUGUUCUGAAAAUAUGCUGGACUAGUGAUCGUCUUCAGCGAAGAGUCUCCAACAAUCGGAGUUUUGCCCUUUAUGCCUGCAAGAGGAUGAAACCAUAUACUACCUUGUCUCCUGUGUUUUCGCUCAGCAGGCUUGGUUCAAUGUCUUGUCCUGGUGUCAAACAGAGCCUUCACUCCGGCAACCCAUAAUAAUUUACAUGACUGGUGGUUAAGCAUCCGGAAGCAAAUUGGCAAGGCAAAGCACAAAGCUUUUGAUACACUCGUCAUUCUUACAGCUUGGAGUUGGAGUCUGUGGAAGGAGAGAAACUCCAAGGUUUUUCAACAACAAGAAACUGAAGCUCUUAAUCUUGCCUUUCUAAUCAAGGAGGCGCAACGAUGGUGGCCGGGUGGUGUUGGUUGCUUCGCAACGUUGUGGUAGUUUUGUUUCUUAGUAAAAAUGAGUCUUUAGGAGCCAGAAAAGUAGUUGUAGCUGUCCGAGAAGUCGGAUUCAGCCAAGGAAGCUCUUGAAACCACACCAACUACGCUGGAAUGAAUGAAAGCUCACCUAUUAUGUAUGUAAAUGAGGUAAAGUUAGCUGUUGUAAAUACUAACAAUAUCUUGAAAUAAUGUCGUAUUGCCUUGUCAGGGUCCAAAAAAUUUUGGUGUCUC